AUGAUGUUUCUUCAUAGAGUGAGGGUCCCAACCCUUCGAGGACUUCAUUCUUCCGCCCGAAUCCUCAAUAAUCCCUUUUUAUAUCCUGCAUCGUUCACAGAUCUCACCACAAAGAUAAAUCAGCAUUUGGACAAGGCUCCUACUGAAAAGACCGUUCUUGAUGCCUUGAAGGCAUGCAGAGAUUUCCGUCUGGAGGUGCACGACAGCGACAAAUUCGAAACCAACCCUAUAUUCAAAAAGCUUUCAGAAGAAGUCAAGCAAAUCUUGCUUAAUGAGAAUGUCAAGUUUGACAAUGACCUAUUGAAAAAAGUGCUCCUCUUGAAGCUCCCACCAACUUGGGCAACACAGAUUAUUCUGACAUUCUACGAAAGAAACCCAAAAGCUGUGAUUGACAAGAAAACGGCGCUAAUUCCAUUCCGUCAUAGUUUGCUUGACGGCGACCUUCAAAAUGCAUUGAAAAUCACUGACAUCACCACUGGCCACCCUAAUUACAUUGCCCAAAAAGAUAGUGAGAUGCGUCGUGGUAUCUACAAACUUGCAGCCACGGCGAUCGGAAUCACGUUUUUCUCCAAGUACGGUGUCAAUCUAGUGAUCGACUGGGGUUGGCUCUCGCCUACAUGGAAACACUUGGGUUCGAUAAAUGCCAUGAUCUUGACCUAUAUAUUGAACUCGAGUUUCUUCGUCACCAUUGUGCGUUUUGGCCGCCAAAAGAGUGCCGCCGGAGGCGACUUCUUGACCUGGCAAAAGGGCACCUUCUACACUCACUGGUAUAAGCAUGCAGACGAGAUGAACAUGUGCGCCAAGGUGAUGCAGGCAGACUUGUGGCUCAAUGGAGGACUUGAAAACUCACCACCGUUGGUGGAGGAGUUAUGCAGAAAGGACGACUCGCUAGAUACGGGCAAAAACCCGGUCGCCAAGUAUAAUAGGGAAGGAAAGAAGGUGCGCUUGCUCGAGCCCAAGGACAACAUGGAGGACUUGAAGAUGCAAGCGUACUGGAUGAGUGGAGGCGAUGGCUUUGAGUGGGUGGAGCCAGACCAGGAUCCAGCAGACAUCAUUUGGAGAGAGCACUUGAAGAAGCUUCAUGCUCCUGAAUUGAAUGGAUCCAACCAGAAGUCGCUCAAGUGGGCCGAGGAGCUCAUUGAGCCUUCCCAACAAGUGUAA